UAAUGAACGCGAAGAAAAUGCUCAACGUAAAAUUCAAAAUCGUGAUGCUCGAGAAUGGGACAAGGAAAAGGAAGAAGCUGGUUGGAAUUCUCCACGACAACAAAGAAAAAGCUCGGAAAUUCGUUAUUCUCCUAACAAUCCUUACGUAAAGGAUGGUCGUGGAAAUGAUAAUGACUAUGGAAAUCAUGGUAGAAGAGAUUCUCGUGGCAAUAAUGAUUAUGGUGGUUAUAAUUCUCGUAAUAACGAGUCCGGUGGUUAUAAUUCUCGUAAUAAUGAGUCCGGUGGUUUCGGUUCAAGAAAUUAUCGUGGUGAUCGUGACCGUGGUGAUAAUGAGUAUCGUCGUUCUGGUCCAAGAAAUUCUCGUGAAAAUAAUGAUUACGGUCCAAGAAAUUCUCGGGAAAAUAAUGAUUACGGUCCCAGAAAUUCCCGUGGCGAAAAUAAUGACUACGGUGGUUCAAGAGGUUAUCGUGGCGGUUCUGGUGACCGUGGCAGAGGACGUGGCGGCAAUUUACGCAGACCUACAAGACGGUAUAGUGAUCAACAUCGUUCCAAUAAAUCUGCUGAAGAAGGUGGCUUCGGUAGUGGUAAUAGUUGGGCUGAACAACAAGAACAGGAAGAAAUGUCGGGUAAAACUAACCUCCCUUGGGAAUCUGACGCAAACGCCGAAGAUGCUGGCUGGGGUAAUUCUAAUG